AUGCCCUCUCAUUCUAAAAAGCAUGGUCAUUUGUAUGUUCGAUCAUCGGAGUUAGCUUCUCGUAGGAAAGCAGAAGCUGAGCAUAAAAUCGGAAAAUCGCUUCCCUUCUAUCAUUGCUGCUUAACAUUCCAGCCAAUAACUGGUGAACCAGUUGCUACACGUGAUGGAUAUAUGUUUGAUAUUUUAAAUAUUUUACCGUGGAUUCGGAAACACCAUAUUCAUCCAAUUACUGGAGAGCCAUUAGAAAUGAAUAACUUAAUACGAUUGCAUAUUAAAAUGAAUGAAGAGGGGAAGCCAUAUUGUCCUGCUACAAAUAGAAUAUUCACUGAGCAAUCUCAUAUUGUUGCCAUUGCAAAGACUGGAAAUGUAUAUUCUUGGAAUGGUAUUGAGAAUUUAAAUUUAAUAGAAGGUGAUGUGAUGCAUGAUGUGCUGACGAAUGAGGAAUUUACAAAAGAUGACAUUAUCACCAUUCAAGAUCCCAAAAAUCCUAGAGAUAUCACAACCAUGCAUCAUCAAGUUGAACAAAAAAUUCAAGAAGAAAAAAAGAAGAGAAAAGCUUCAGAAGAAUCUUCAAAUUUAGAAAAAGUAUCAGAAUAUAUCAAUUUAAAUAGUUCCACUUCUAAAGUUUUAGAAGAAAUGGAACGAAGAAAAAAGAAAAAGCUAGAAAAUAAUGAGGAAGAACAAGAACUGAAAAGUCAUGCCCUUAGAGGCGACGAGAAAAGCUUUGGUGUGCUAAGCAGUGACACAAAAGCUUCGUCACUCACUUCUUCUGUAAUGAAUGUUCGAACCAAAAGCCAUGAAUCUGAAAAGAUAAAUGAACAAUAUUGGAAAGAUAAAUUUGCACAAUACGACAGAAUUAAGAAACAAUUUAAAGACAAGAAAGCAUACGUUUCUCUACACACAAAUUUUGGAGACUUGAAUUUUGAGUUGUAUCCAUAUUUGUGUCCCCAAACAUGUGAUAAUUUUAUUGAACUGUGCAAUAGAAAGUAUUAUGAUGGUAUUAAAUUUCAUAGACUCAUCAAAGGUUUUAUGAUUCAAGGAGGAGAUCCCACAGGUACUGGAAGAGGAGGAAAGAGUAUUUGGAAUAGUGACUUUAAAGAUGAAAUUUCAGGCAAGCUUCGGCACGAUGCUUUUGGAGUUUUGAGUAUGGCCAAUAGAGGUCCAAAUACUAAUUCUAGUCAAUUCUUUAUUACAUUCAAACCUGUACCACAUUUGGAUAACAAACACACAGUUUUUGGAAGACUAGUUGGAGGAUCUAAAGUUUUGGAACUUAUUGAAAAGAUCAAAACUGAUGAAGAAGACCGACCUAUCGAAGAUGUUAUCAUUGAAAAAACAAGUGUGUUCUACAAUCCAUUCGCUGAAGAUGCAAAAAUACAACGAGAAUUAGCAAGGAGUCAACAAGUAAUCACUUCGCUCCCUAGCAAUGUCUCAACAACAGAGAACACCGCUCGUGAUGAAGAGUCUAAGGAACAAUUUGGUCAUUGGUUUUCGAAUCCUUCUGGGCUGAGCAAGGUCAGCACUGGGGAUGUACCAGGUGCAGCAACCUCUCACUCAGUUGGAAAGUAUUUGAAAUUGAACACGCGCAACACUCAGGAUUUUCUCCAAUCACUCUCUGGAGAAAAGAAAUAA